GGAAAGGUCAUCAAAUACAAGUAUAGAGAUGUUCGUGAACCCCGACAAAUAUCCUUUGUUGCUGACAUUGCUCGUUUGGACCGCGUAUGGGAUGAUGAAGGACCAAACUGGGACCAACUUGACUGCGGUAGAAAUCUCCUCGAGAUUAAUGGCACUGCGAUUGCACUUCGGUACUGGUGCGACAAGUACUGGACAGAAUGGAAGUAUGUUGCAGAGCGAUACCGCGCUAGCAGUCCUGAGGACUUUUGGAAAGAGUUUUCCUUGAGCAAUGGUGAACGUCUCCAUUGGAAGGCCAUCACAGAUCGGCUGCGCAAAAUUCGUGCUGUACAUGAAGAGCAUCUUGUACACAAAGCAAAGCUCGAGUACGGUGCUCGUUUUUCCGAGGUUUUU